GCUGGAGGGGAUUUAUUAUUCCGCCAUGUUGUUUGGGUAAUUGACUACUAUUUGAUUCUUUGGAUGAGUUGGGCUCUAUAUAUCUCUCAAAACAAUCGAGGCAAAGGAGUGGACGUGCAGUUCUUUUCUUCUCCAGGCUAGAUUGUCUCUCUCUGGCUAGGAAUAAUGCUCAGGCGCUUCCUUCUGGUAUGUCUCUUCUUGACUUUUGGGAUAUUCAACGCCCAUCAGCAAAACGGGUGAAAACGGCUGCGCAAGAUGAAGUCGUCUCUAUUCCUCCGAGUCGACAGGAAUCAGACACCAUUAAUUCCCAGGAUAAGGACCAGACCCCACUUACUACUACUACUCCGCCGCGCGAGGUCUCAGAUCUGGGCCUGAUUUCAUACCCGGAAUUACCUGCCAUUGACGACCCUGAGGCUCUAUUACCAAGCAGCCAGACGGAGCUGGAAACGUCUUUACCUGAGAUUGCAACGGAUAAAGCUGCCAUUGAGAAGUAUGAAGCCUCCCAAGCGCAGGAUGGCGAACUUGGUCUACGCCAAAGAUUCGGAGAACGAAAAUGGCUGAAGGGAAAGAGCUCCAUAUAUGUCGAUGCAUUCAACCUUGCACUAGAAACAGUGUUAGAGGAGGAAGCGCAUCUAUUCGACGAGGCUGAGAUGGAGGUAUUCAAUCAGUGGAAGGAGCUGUCGUAUGAGGCGCAGUAUUUGUACGUGCGGCUCUUCCUUCGCAAGACUUAUGCAUGGCACCGGUUGAACCGCCUUGGCCACUACGACGAUGUAACAGAUCUACCUGCCGCUGUGGCAGAUCUACAGCGCACCCGCAGUCUCCCAGCGCGGUCCAGGAUUAAGAGUGACAACCCUGCUGAGCUUGAGCCUCCAGAAGGCUCGGUUUUGGGGGACUCUUUCAGAUUUGCUGAGGGGACUGAGGAUAUAACAACGCUUGAAGAAGCUUCUUCAUUGCUACUGCUUGAAGAGCUCAAGGGCCUGGCGAGAGAAGCCAAGGUUCAAGGAAAGAACAAAAAUGAACUUGUCACAGCUUUACGUCAAGCGAGUCAGACCCAAGGGGGACUUGAUUGGACUGCUGACCGGACUGAGGGUGGAGGCUCGAACAGAGAUUCUCAUUUCACGAGGAAGAUCCUUGAUCAUACUGGAGAUUGUAUCAGGCUGUCAUCUGCUCCUCUUCGGCUCUUCGAACGCGUUCAUCUGGUGUUCUAUCGAUCCGAAGAAUGGACCGAAAAGUCCCUCACGACAAUUAUCCUGGCAAAGAUAUCGCGCAAGAACUUUCCGGAAUACAUCGUGUCUCGCUCCAGUGCCAUUUUCCCUUCUAGGGGGGCACUCCUGGAGUUCGAGGCUGCGCUACGGACCCAGUUUCGGAUCGACAAUAUUCUAGAAUUCAAUGGCACGCCAACCCUCGAGCGACUGCAGACGAUCAGGGAUCUCUGUGAGAAGGUAUAUCCUCGAUGGAAGCAUCUACUUGAUCUGGAGCAGCGAAAACAGGAGAGCGUGUACGGGACCGGUGAAGGAGCAUACCUACGUCGCUUCUCCCCAGCUUGGGUUUACACGCGGAUUAUCCACAAGGGUCUACAACCUCUUGGGCGGUUCAAAGAGCACAAGAGGGAACACGAACUUUUGACGGAAUUGCUCGACCAGCGUCUGUUCCAUUCUGCUAGACGCGGGGGCUGGUAUCAGAGAAAAGCUCUCUUGGAAGAACAUUAUCUCUGGGCUCUGACGCCCUCGGAAGGACGCAAUGAAGAAGCUCAGAAAAAGCACUGGAAGCGAAUAGCCUUAAGGACCUGCGAAGAGGGCCUUGAGGAUCCUGACUGUCAUAUUAUAUACCACUACGAUCUGCAAAAGAGGAUCACCAAGUUAGAACGGUCCUUGAAAGUGGUUAAAAGAGAGCAGCAUGAUUUCGGACACGUCAUGCUAGCGAAGCCAGAAGAGCGUGUCAUAGAGGGUAUCCGUCUGGAGAAGGACGAAUCCCCAGCAAAUACCUCUUUCUUGAAGACGGGCGGCGAGCCGCUCUCGAAGAGGGGCCGACCUACCGCAUGGGUCGACGAGCAAAUGGACGGAGGUGAAUGUAGAGUGGAGACUAUGUGUCUGAACUGGUAUAAGGAACAUGGCUGGAAAGGCUAUCAUUCUGAAGGAGGCAUCGUGCGCACUUUGUUCGGAUACCUCUUCUACGACAUCAUCUUCUCCUACGUCCCCAACGUCUUCCAAACCCCAUUCCAGACCUGUCCACUAGACCUCCACACCGACGCAUUCUAUCCAUCCCGCGCAUCUGAGAUAAAUCACCGCCUCGCAGAGAUCUCCAACGGCGCCGCCGAACGCAUCAUCCAAGAUAUACACGCACGCGAAUUCCCCAACCAGACCUGCGCCAUUGGCAUUGACUGGUCAUUCGAGCUCGACGAUCUAGUCGAGAUCGUGCGGUGUUUCCGCGGCGAGGCCCUGGCGACGAUCUGUAAAGUCAUGGCGCAAGAGUAUCAGCAGCGGGGAGGGGGGAUUCCCGAUCUCUUCCUGUGGAAUGUCGAGAGGGAAGAGGUUAUGUUUGCGGAAGUAAAGUCGGAAAAUGAUCGGUUGAGUGAUACGCAGCGGUUGUGGAUACAUGUGCUUAUGGGCGCGGGCGUCAAGGUUGAGUUGUGUAAUGCGGUUGCGAAGGAGGUUAGGGUGAUUAAAUAGGUCAUUCAACUACAAUACAUCUGAUCCCUACUCGGAAGUUUAAGAGAAC